AUGGGUUCGUGUUCUUAAUUUAAGUCAAUGCCCCUCCACUGUUCUAAUUCCAAGACGUGUUCUUUCCUUUUCUUCUUUCCCCAUCCCUUUCUGCCUGUCUGUUCGUGGCGUCCAGAGGUCGGUCAAAAUUCCUUCUUUUUUUUUUAAUCUGUGAUGGUGAAAGUCCUUGACCAGAGCUUCUGCACUUUCUCUUCGUGCCUGUACAAAUCACAAAAUUGUGUAAAAAACCCAUUGACCAUUGAGCAUCAACAACGAAUGGCAUUUUUUCAGGGUCUUAGUUUUAGCAACUCUACUAGAUUUUCUGGGUUUACAGCAAAGACGGUCAGUUUAGGAAGCUACAGAAUAAGGUGUGAAGAAAGAGGUUAUUUGGGUGCAGAUGAAGAGAAAAAGGAUGGAAAAAAGAGGGUGAGAAUAUUGAUAGCCGGUGGGGGUGUUGGGGGUUUAGUCUUGGCUUUGGCAGCCAAGAAGAGAGGGUAUGAAGUGAAGGUGUUUGAGAAAGAUUUGAGUGCAGUGAGGGGUGAGGGCCAGCACCGCGGCCCGAUUCAACUCCUGAGUAGUGCUCUGGCAGUCUUGGAAGCUAUUGAUGAGGAUGUGGCGAGGCGAAUCAUGGAAGCAGGUUGUGUUACCGGUGACCGGAUCAAUGGCCUUGCCGAUGGAAUUUCAGGUGAAUGGUUUACAAAGUUUGAUCUUUUGACGCCUGCCGUAACAAGGGGGCUUCCUGUUACCCAAGUGAUAUGUAGAAUAGCUUUGCAAGACAUCUUAGUGAGUGCAGUAGGGCAAGAAAUACUUAGUAACAACUCUAAAGUUGUUGAUUUUGUGGAAGAUUCUGGCAAGGUCAAAGUAAUUCUUGAAGAUGGAAGGCAGUUUGAAGGUGAUGUUUUGGUUGGGGCAGAUGGAAUAUGGUCAAAAGUGCGUUCAAAACUAUUUGGUUCGCAACCGGCCAAAUAUUCAAAUUAUACGUGCUAUAGCGGACUAACAAGCUUCAGGCCACCGUACAUUGAUACUGUUGGGUAUCGUGUAUUCUUGGGAGCGAACCAGUACUUUGUUGCUUCAGAUGUAGGGAGUGGGAAGAUGCAAUGGUAUGCCUUCCAUAAGGAAGCCCCCAUGAAUCAUGAUCCUCCCGGAGAUAAGAAGGAAAGGCUUCUGAAACUGUUUGGCCGCUGGUGUACUGAAGUGGUUAUGCUAAUCUCAGAAACACCAGAGGUUUUGAUUCUGCAAAGAGAUAUCUAUGAUAGAGAUAUGAUCUACUCCUGGGGUGUUGGAUGCGUGACUCUUUUAGGCGAUGCUGCUCAUCCUAUGCAGCCAAAUCUCGGUCAAGGGGGUUGCAUGGCAAUUGAGGAUUGUUACCAACUUAUACUUGAGCUCGAUAACAUAACUGAAAAUGGCACUGAUGUUUGCUUGCCAAAUGAGAUUGCCUCCGCUCUGAAAAGAUAUGAGGAGAAAAGAAUGUUCCGCAUCAGUGUAGUUCACACAAUGAGCCGAAUGGCAUCAAGGAUGCUUGCCGAAUACCGACCUUACGUGGAUUUUGGAUCUGGUCCACUGUCUCAUUUGUCGGAUUGGCAGAUAAAGCAUCCUGCUAUUCCCAUUGCGCGUGUAUUUAUGCAAGCAUUUUUGCCGCAAGUCAUGAGUUGGAUGAUAGCAGGCCAUGGAUUGUGGUGAAAGGAAGCAACAUUGGCAAUGGUUCCGCUAAUGAACAUUGGCCCGUUGGGAUUGAUCUCCGAAUUAGUCGCUCCGAGUUAUAAACUCAUUGGCUGGUUUCGUGGUGUUGGAGCUUGGAUAAACUUAAGGGUAAACACAAGGCCAAAGGAGAGUAAAAGCUUAGUACUUGAUGAUGAGUGUUCGAAACCACUUGAUUAAUAUUCAUGUAAAUUCACUACCAUGUGAUCGCAAAAUAGUUAUAGCUGUUAAAGCUGGGGACCUGGGUGCUUAGAAAAUUUAUACAGCAACUCGUGAUUUUUUUGGAAUAUAUACAAUCAACACCUCUCAAGUUUUUCUUCACACU